AUGGAAGGGGAGGUCAAGGAGAUUCAAAUGGAACUUGCGGCCAUCAAACAAGAUCGAUUAGAUCUGCACAAUCGAAAAUACACGUCGAUGUACGAAAAAUCGGAGGAAGUGGUUGAAGAUACGAUGUACAUUAACAAGAUCCAUGAAGACGAAUUUGGCAAAUACCCUGAGAUCACAAAAUUACGUGAUGAUUUGAUCAAGGCGAGAAAUGUUGCUGACGAGGAGAAAGUGCAGAGACAAAUAUAUGAGUCAAAAUUAAAAGAUCUAGAGUUGAAACUAAAUAAUAUUUGUGCGACGGCGCUACCAACUGGAAAAAAGGAGACUCGGAAGAUCACCGAUGAAGAAAUAUCAUCGCUCAAGGCUCAGGUCAGGGAUGCGAAGGAAGAGCUGGAGGAAAUGGCGAUCACCGUGCGCGAAAAGAACGAGCAGUUACAGGACUAUCGGUUGAAGUACCUUCAAGCGCAGCAACAGGUUGAAGAAUUGAAAAGACAAUUGGACUUGUACGAGUUUGACAACAAACAAGUUUCAGAUCAAAUCCAAGUCGAGAUACAGAAAAUGAAGAUGCAGUUCCAGGAGAAAUUGCAGGAGCUGGCGCCAUUGCCCGAUCUCCUAAAAGGCUCACAGAUCCAAUUGCAAGAGGCGAAGCAGAUGCGGAGACUCGCCGAAGAGAGUUCCCAACAGCUGUCCAGUGAGUUGCACCGUGUCAAAGAAAAGUUAGUUAUGGCCGUUAACAAUUACAAUCAAGAGAGAGCUGAAAAGACUAAAAUUUUAGAAGAAAAUUCUAUGAUGCGGCUGUCCAUCGAUGAAAAACAGAAGGAAAUUUUUGAACUUACCCGAACCGUGGACGAGUUAAAAUGCAACGUUCUGAGGCUCGAGGAGAAGCUGGUGCAGGAGGAAAACAGGUACGGAGAGAGGAGCGCCGAGUGCGUACACCUGCAAAAGGAGCUCGCCGAUGUUAAGGAAGAGAAUAGCAGGGCGGUGGCCAGGUGCAAGGAGCGGGCCGAGUCGAUGCGUCGUUACAUGCAGACCCAAAUAUCGGAAUUGGAACGGCAGCUGGUCCAGAGCAGGGCUCAAUCGAGAGCCUGCCAGAAGGAGCGUGACGAGAUACGCCAGAGAAUGCAGAUUCAGAUCGGCAGCCUGCAGGAGAAUUUCGAGCUAGUCGAGAUCCGUCUGCGGUCUCUGCAGGGGCAAGUCGCUUCGUUGAAAAACAGCUACUCAGCCAUACUAGCCGACGACGAGGAACCUGGUGAUUUCGACAAGAUACCCAACGUCUGCAACGACCCAUGUAUCGUU